CAAUAUGAAUCUAUCAUGUCAUUUAUCAACAAAAAAAAUACUCUAGUAAUUUUACCUACUGGUAGUGGAAAAACAUUGUGUUGGGUAGUGCCUGCGUUGAUUAGUGAAGGACUUACCGUUAUUUUUACACCAUUAAAAGCGCUGAUUGAUGAUCAGAUUAGAGAACUUAUUAAUAUCAGAAUUCCAUGUGCUGGCUUAUAUACAUCAACGAAUCAUCCAUCUAAUUAUCAAGAAAAAGUAUUUGGAGAGAUUGCAGCUGGUUUUUUGCGUGUUUUAUUUGUAACUCCUGAGAAG